AUGAAGGACAAUUUAAGAAAUACAUGGAACUUCUUAAGCAACUUAAACUUCCUUAAAGAGAUCUUAUCUAAUAAGAAAAAGCUUGAGGAUAGUGAAACCAUUGUGCUUACUGUUGAGUGUAGCGCUAUUAUUCAAAACAACAUGCCUCAUAAGCUGAAAGACCCAGGUAGUUUUUCUAAACCAUGUGUAAUCGGAAAUUUUAUCAUAGACAAAGCUUUGUGUGAUUUAGAAGCCAAUGUUAGUUUAAUGACUUUAUCCACAUGCAAGAAACUCAAUUUAGGGAAACUAAGACCAACAGAGAUGUCUCUACAACUAGCUGAUCGUUCUAUUAAAUUUCCUGUAGGUAUGCUAGAGAACGUUCCCAUUCGUAUAGGUCAAUUAUAUAUUCCCACCGAAUUUGUAAUAAUGGAUAUCAAGGAGGAUUCCAACAUCCCUAUUAUUUUAGGAAGACCCUUUUUAGCCAUAGUUGGAGCCAUCAUAGAUGUGAAAAAAUGA